AUGGAGAACGACCAGGGUGUCCUUGUUGACCUUUACGUCCCCCGCAAGUGCGCGGCGACCAACCGCCUCAUCACCUCCAAGGACCACGCCUCGGUCCAGAUCGUCAUUGGCGAUGUCGACGCCAACGGCCGUCUCCUGAACACCAACACGACCUUCGCGCUCUGCGGCCCCGUCCGCGCCAUGGGCGAGUCGGACGACUCCAUCAACCGCCUUGCGACCAAGGCUGGCCUUCUGCGCAAUGUCUGGUCCUACCAAAAGUAG